AUUGAUUCCACUUUACCAUCUUCAGGUAACCAUGUGCCUGGACGGUGCCAACGAGGAAGGACCCAGCAAGUUGCCGGUGGCCGCCACCCAAAGCCUGCUGGAGAAGAUCGUUCACGAGCAACUCGAAUCGGACGAUGUGGCCAUCACGCUGAGUGCCGGUUCCAACAAGGGUGACAACUAUAUUGGGAUUGUUUUUCGAGCAAGGGCCGAGUGCCGCAAGAGUGGCAAAGUUCUGCACAUAAUCGCCAAGCUGCCACCGAUUACCGAAGCCCGCCGGAACCAGUUCUUUGCAAGGCCCAGCUUCGAGCGGGAGAUCAGUUUCUACACCGAAAUCUACCCGAUGCUGGAACAGUUCCAACAGGAGCGCGGAAUCGAUCCGAAGGAUGGAAGGGAGGCGUUCAACCAGAUUCCCCAGUGUUUGGCCACCUGCUUGGAUGAGUUUGAGGAAGCCAUCUUCAUGCGGGACCUUAAGGAGGAAGGUUUCAGCAUGGUUGAUCGGCACUCGAUUCCCACCAUUCAGCAUUUCCGGAUGGUUGUCAAGGGUUUGGCACGAUUGCAUGCGCUUUCCUUUGGUUUGAAGGAUCAACAUCCGGAAAGGAUUGAACCGUACAAGAGCAUGGUGGAGCUGUUCACCACCCGAGAUUGGGACGAUUCGAUGGAACAGUGGUUCAAGAUGCUUAUCGAUCGUGCAAUGGGGACCCUGGAUAAGGAUAAGGAACCGGAGGUUUUCGAGAAGGUUCAGAAGGCAUUGGACGGCAAAUUUAUCGAUCUCGUAGUCGAUAUGACUAAGGGCGAGCACGCGGAACCGUAUGCUGUUAUCUGUCAUGGAGAUUGUUGGAACAACAAUAUCAUGUUUAAACACGAGAACAACACUCCUACGAAAUUAUGCCUUCUGGAUUGGCAAAUCUGUCGAUACGCAUCGCCGGUGUUGGAUCUGAUGUAUUUCCUGUUCACCGCUUCGGACAAGGCAAUCCGGGACAAGCACUACCAGGAGCUGAUCGAUCUUUAUCAUGAAACCCUAUCGGAAUUCCUAAUCCGGUUGGGAUCCGACCCGGAAAAACUGUUCCCCCGAUCGGCUCUCGAUGCUCAGCUGCAGCGAUUCGGUCGGUUUGGAUUGCUGAUGGCCGUCAUGUUGCUACCGAUUACCACGACCAAGAGUGAGGAUGUGCCCGAUUUGGAAGAGAUGGCCCAGAAGCUGGAAAACGGUUUCGACGUUGCCGACGAGGUCGACAGCUUCCGUUCCGAGGAUACCGAGGCGGUGUAUCGGCAGAAAAUGGGCGACUGCUGCCGGGAUAUCGUUCGCUUGGGAUACAUUUAGAGUUUGAAAUCGACACCCGACCCGCAACGGAUCAGUAUUGCGCGAAUUUUACCAAAUACAGUUAUCUACACACAAGAGUUUACAUAAAACUGGAACGAUUGUACAUUCAAAAUGUUAACCUCAAAUAUCGAAAAUAUAUUUUUCAUACAUUA